AUGGAUUCAUUCAUAGCCACAUUUGGAGAAUUUUCCUCGACGUUGCAUGGUGUUAUCGUAUCAUCCAUCCUUUUGCCCGGGGCUCUUGCUGCCCUCGUCGCCGGCAUCCUGGCCGACCGUUAUGGUAGAACCCGCAUGAUCGCCAUUGGCUCGACCGUCUUUGGGAUCGGUGCCGCGCUCGAGACCGCCUCGCCCCGCCUCGCCAUGUUCAUCGUGGGCCGGCUGGUCAAGGGCGCCGGCGAGGGCAUCUUUCUCUCGACCGUCUACGUGCACGUCUGCGAAAUCUCCCCGGCCCGGAAGCGCGGCUUCAUCUCGGCCGUCCCGCAGCUCUGCAUCACCCUGGGCCUGGUCAUGGGCUUCUUCAUCUCGUACGGCACCGCCACCCUGCCCGGCUCCAUCAGUUGGCGCCUCCCCAUUGCCAUUCAGGCGUUCCUCGCCUUUGCCAAUGCGGCACUGUGCUCCCUGGUGCCGCCGAGCCCGCGCUGGCUCCAGGCCAAGGGACGUCCCGACGAGGCUCGCACCAUUAUUGCGCAGCUUGGCCUCGAUGAUGCCGAGCAGCAGCAGCUCAUGGCCCUCUCGGCCAGCGGGCUUGAGCACUCGCCUGAUGCUACGUUUUGGGAGAAUAUCAAGACGACAGUGUCCGAAUUCCGCGAGGCAUUUUCUUCGCCGUUCCGUGGCCGCACCAUCUUUGGCUGUUUCUUAAUGGCGAUGCAACAAUUCAGCGGCAUUGACGGCGUCCUAUACUAUGCACCCAGCCUUCUCCAGCAGGCCGGCAUCUCCUCGUCGCGGGCCAGCUUCCUCGCGUCGGGCGUCUCGGCCCUGCUCAUCAUGGCCGUCACCUUUCCGGCGACGCUCAUGGCCGACCGGUGGGGCCGCAAGACGUCGACGCUCGUCGGCGGCAGUCUCAUCUUUGCCGUCAUGCUGCUCAUGGGCUCGCUGUACGCCGCGGGCGAGGUGCACGCAGACGGUGGUGCCGGCCGCUGGGUCGUCAUUGUCAGCAUUUAUCUAUUUGCCGUUGUCUUCAGUACUACCUGGGCCAUCGGCAUACGGUCCUACAUGAUUGAGAGCCUGCCGAGGAAGACCAGGAGUAGUGCUGCUAGCUUGGGGCAGGGAAGCAACUGGUUGGCAAAUUACAUUGUAGCCCUAACUACACCGGUUUUCAUAGCCUCUUCGUCUUACGGCGUGUAUUACUUUUUCGCCUUUUGCUCGCUCUUUACAACAGUCAUUUGCAUGUUUCUGAUGCAAGAGACCCAAGGACAGAGUCUGGAAGUGAUUGAGCAAAAGUAUGCAGAGAGGCAAAGCCGAACUACGGGUCGUUGGAGACUGAACCCGGCGGGCUUCAAGAUGCGAAGAAUCGCAGGGACCCAAGAUUAA